CUGCAGUCAAGCUAAUCUGUAUCUGCCUGUCGUUGCUGCGCCAAAGUUCAUUGUUUUAAAGUGCAAUUAAUGCAGAAGAAGAAGAAGAGAACAGAAGAAGCACAGAGCUCGAGUUGUCCCGUGCAGUCUUUGAUCAUGAAGAGCUCCAAAGAGGCCGUGCAGUCAGCGGCCAAAGAGUUUCUGCAGUUUGUCAACAAAGGAGUGUCUCCAUAUCAUGUGGUGGAGGAAUGCAGGCGGCGUCUGUUGCAGGCGGGCUUCAUCGAGCUGAAGGAGACGGAGCAGUGGGACAUCAAGCCGUCCAGCAAGUACUUUGUGACCAGGAACUUCUCCAGCCUCAUCGCCUUCGCUGUUGGCGGAUGCUACCUGCCGGGCAACGGCUUCUCCAUGAUCGGCGCCCACACAGACAGCCCCUGCCUCAGGGUGAAGCCGAGGUCUAAGAGGACGAAGCAGGGCUGUCUGCAGGUCGGGGUGGAGUGCUACGGCGGUGGCAUCUGGAACACCUGGUUCGACCGGGACCUGACCAUCGCCGGCCGCGUUAUGGUGAAGAGUGACGACCACCUGGUUCAGCGGUUGUUUCACGUGUCCAGGCCUCUGCUCAGGAUCCCUCACCUGGCCAUCCACUUGCAGAGGGACGUCAACGACUCCUUCGGCCCCAACAAGGAGAACCACCUCGUGCCCAUCAUCGCCACCGUCGUCCAGGAGGAGCUGGAGACGGGCUGUGCAUCCUCCGGAGAUGCUACCUUGGCUGCCAACACGGCGGAGAAGCACCACCCGGCGCUGGUGAAGCUGCUGUGUUCAGAGCUGGACGUCAAUCCUGAAGCCCUGCUGGACUUUGAGCUCUGUCUGGCCGACACUCAGCCCGCGGCGUUGGGAGGUGUGUACGAAGAGUUCAUUUACUCUCCUCGCCUGGACAACCUUCACAGCUGCUACUGCGCCCUGCAGGCGCUGACGGAGUCCUGCUCGGGAGACUCUCUGUCCAAAGAUCCCAACGUCCGCAUGAUCACUCUGUACGACAACGAAGAGGUGGGAUCAGAGAGCGCUCAGGGUGCUCAGUCCAACCUGACGGAGCUCAUCCUCAGCCGCCUCUCCACCUCCGCCUCCAACCGCACCGCCUUCCAACAGGCUGCGCCGCUCUCCUUCAUGAUCAGCGCGGACAUGGCGCACGCUGUGCACCCCAACUACCAGGAGAAGCAUGAGGAGAACCAUCGUCCAGCUUUCCACAAGGGCCCAGUGAUCAAGUUCAGCAGCAACCAGCGUUACGCCACUACGGCCGUCACCGCCUCCGUGGUUAGAGAGGUCGCCAGCCAAGUCGGCGUGCCGCUACAGGUAGUGUGUGUGUGUUGUGUGAUUUUAGAUUAAUUGGUUGCAGACGGAGGCUCAGCUGCGUCUCAUUUCUUUGUUUUGAGUCACUCGGCAGCGAACACAGAUCUCCUAGCAACGUGCCGGGCGGCUCCAGGACGACACAGCGAGGAAAAUAAAAGUGUGAAAGACUCGGGGACAGAACGAAGGGCAGUCGGUGAACAGUAAUAAUACAACAGAUGUGCAAAGAGGAGAAACAUGUUCCUUCUUCCAGCGCUACAGUUUGAGUUACUAAGAAUAUGACUUUAGUUUGUCAGAUUUAUUUAAUAUCUACUCAUGGAAAGAACUUGAAGGGUUAGAGACCCUGCUCCUCAUCUCAACCAAUGCAUAACCCUCACCCUUCACCAGCACUGAUGCAUGCAUACAUUAUCCUUCUCCAGUCCUGCGAAGGAAACCUCUGGAUCAUCUCUGAGACGGAGACAAAGCUGAGGAAGGUUGUUUGUGUCACGGCGAGUGAUCAGCUCAGUUUAAUAACUGCAGCGACACCUGAGCAGCUUCGGCAGCUUUA